GCUCCCUGUGUGCUCGCUUACGCCUUGGGUCAUUUUGCCCUCUUUAGUGUUCUGUUUGUUGCUUCGUUUAACUUUUCCUUUGGCUUGGGUUUUUGUGGUUUUCGAGUGUCAUUAAGGCGCCUUUUGUUUAAGCAUUUUUUUGUAAUGAGAUUACUUUUAGUUCUUCCGUGCCUCCUUGCCAUUUUUCAAAUAGCGCUCGCAACAGAGGAAAGAGCUAUCCCCCGGAAUCUAGGGACCUUCACGGGAGAUGCUGGUUGUGGUCUUACAACAGGCCUGGUUACCUUAGUCAGCGGGAAGACCGUUUUAAUCCAAGAUCUUAGAUAUAAUAGAGGGGACAGUGUUGCCAGAUGGGCUUUAAGCGACACCUUUAAAGUUUCUAGUAUAUCAGCUCCACGGGUGAAAGAGCUUAGAAACCCAGUAAGCGGUCGACAUGAUAACGACGUUACCAUAAGAAGCCGAAAUUCGCUAUUUACCACUUAUCAAUACCUAAUUUUCAUCUGUGAAUCUGAGAAGAAAAGUGAUUUUGCUUACCUUUCCCUAAAAGGUAAAUCCGUGAAUUUCGAACCUAGCGAACUCCAACCUCGAAAGCUGGAAGGAUUUGCUGUAAGUAACAGCACCGUUUUUAAAAUUGGAUUUGUGACACUAAUCAACAAGAACAGAAUUGUAAUAGAAGACUUUCACGUUGAGGGCACCUUAGACCCCUCUGUUCACUGGAUCCUUACUAACUCCUCUAAAGUAUUAGAAAAAAACGUGCUUGACUGGAGUAAAAAUGAUUUUAAGAUAACUGAUGGUAUAAAAAAUGUUGAAAGAGACGGAGACAUAAUUGUAAAAAGUAGUGAAGGUUAUUUUCAAGAGGCUCAAUACCUGGCUUUAUACUCUAUAAUUGAGAAAAAAGUCUUGGUUUACAUUGAACUGCAAAGUAAUUCCAAAAAAGGGAAUUCGCCAUUAUGGUCGCUGAAGGGGAUGUUGCUUACUAAGGUUUGUGUUGUCUUGCUUGCACUUCUACCUGUUCUGCUUUCUAGUUAAAAGAAUGUUACCAAUAAACUAUAUUGUCACUCUGGUUAA